UUGUAGUGACUUCCUGUGGCAUAGCUUGAUUGAGAAGAAGCGCUUCCGGCAGUUUAGGACCACUAACUAGCAAACCAGCCUUUCGGGCCUGACGGGACCCGCGGCUCAGGCCUCUCGGCGUCCAGCUUCGGCGUGGCGGCGAGGACAGCGGCCCCAGUUCAGUUCCGACCUUCCCAUCUCCCGGCUGCGCUGGGCAUCAGGCGACCUCAGGACCCUGUGAUUGGCGCCUGUGGACCGUGACCAAGGAGCGCCUUGGGCAGUCCCGGGACUCGGCACCUGUCCGUCUUACUCCUUUCGGACGGAGAUCUUGCAUUACUUGUUCUUCCUGUCCUCGCGUAAUGCCUGGCAUUCGAUAAAUGUUUGUUGGACUUGAAGAGGUACAUGGGCGAUGAAUCCGGAAAGGGAGAACAUCUUUGGUCCUGCAUUUGUCUGACACAUUUUUAUGUAAAUUACUGGCUGGACUUCAUAUUUUUCACUACAGAAGCCUAGAAUCUACAGUUGCCAGAGAGCUAAACGCAUUACUUUUAGGAUAUCCUCUACAUUGAACCUGAGAACUCUUCCCUUAUUCCAAAAUGUUGAGGUACUGGGGAGAAAUACCAAUGUCGUCAAACCAGGCCAACAGAAGUUCCUUUGAUUUGCUCCCCCGGGAGUUCCGUCUGGUGGAAGUCCAUGACCCACCCCUGCACCAGCCCUCUGCCAACAAGCCCAAGCCCCCCACCAUGCUGGACGUCCCCUCAGAGCCGUGCAGCCUCACCAUUCACACCAUUCAGCUGAUCCAGCACAACCGACGUCUUCGAAACCUUAUUGCCACAGCUCAGGCCCAGAAUCAGCAGCAGACCGAAGGUGUAAAGACUGAGGAGAGUGAACCUCUUCCCGCCUGCCCAGGGUCACCUCCUCUCCCCGAUGACCUCCUGCCUUUGGACUGUAAGAACCCCAAUGCACCAUUCCAGAUCCGACACAGUGACCCAGAGAGUGACUUUUAUCGGGGAAAAGGGGAACCUGUGACUGAACUCAGCUGGCAUUCCUGCCGGCAGCUCCUCUACCAGGCAGUGGCCACGAUCCUGGCCCAUGCAGGCUUCGAGUGUGCUAAUGAAAGUGUCUUGGAGACCCUCACUGAUGUGGCGCACGAGUAUUGCCUUAAGUUCACCAAGCUGCUGCGCUUUGCUGUGGAUCGGGAGGCCCGCCUGGGACAGACUCCUUUCCCGGAUGUUAUGGAGCAGGUGUUCCACGAGGUGGGCAUUGGCAGUGUGCUCUCCCUCCAGAGGUUCUGGCAGCACCGCAUCAAGGACUAUCACACUUACAUGCUGCAGAUUAGUAAGCAGCUCUCCGAAGAAUACGAAAGGAUUGUCAAUCCCGAGAAGGCCACUGAGGACACCAAACCUGUGAAGAUCAAGGAGGAGCCCGUGAGCGACAUCCCCUUUCCCGUCAGCGAGGAGCUGGAGGCUGAUCUGGCUGCCGGGGACCAGUCCCUGCCCAUGGGAGUCCUCGGAGCUCAGAGCGAGCGCUUCCCGUCCAACCUAGAGGUUGAAGCUUCGCCUCAGGCUUCCAGUGCAGAGGUCAAUGCUUCUCCUCUUUGGAACCUGGCCCAUGUGAAAAUGGAGCCUCAAGAGAGUGAAGAAGGCAACGUCUCUGGGCAUGGCGUGCUGGGCAGCGAUGUCUUCGAGGAGCCCAUGUCAGGCAUGAGUGAAGCCGGGAUCCCCCAGAGCCCUGAUGACUCAGACAGCAGCUAUGGUUCCCACUCCACGGACAGCCUCAUGGGGUCCUCCCCUGUUUUCAACCAGCGCUGCAAGAAGAAGAUGAGGAAAAUGUGAAAGGAAAAAGGAGAUUCUUCUCUGCAGACUGACAGCGCCCAAAUGAAAACCUUGAUGUAUUGGUUUGUUUCCAUGAACAGUGAUUUCACUCUUAAACUCAAGUGGGCUUAAUUUCAGAGGAACUGAACUUAACCGAACAAGGUUGCAUUUGACUUUGCACCCAGUUUUUGUGGUUUUCCACAACAUUUGUUCACAAAUAGAAGACGAUGCUGGCACAGUCAUCAGGAGACCAAAGCCCUGUCCUGACUGUCGUCUCCACUGGGUGAUGAGACAUGUUACCCAGCUUCUCUACAGCUACUGUUCUUGCAUGACUCAGACGAAUCAUCCCACUUUGACCUACCUUGCAGACAUCUGAAAUUGAGAUGUUUGUUACACUUUAAAGCUAUGAUUGAAAACUCUCAACAAUUAAAUGUAUGCUGACAUCAGAUGUCAA